ACUAAGAUCUCAGUUACUUUACGUUGCUUUAUUCCAGUUGUUUCUUCUAAUCUUCGGUUCUCAGCUCGCUCUUUAUAUUUAUGCACAAUGUCCUUCAACUUCGUUUGUGGUGGAGUUGUCUUUACUUUAGUUGGUUAAGAACACGUACUCAUUCUGAGAAAAUCAGUUUUUCUAGUGUAGCUUUUUCUUGUUUAAUUUUGCUUAAUUGACAAAUAAAUGAAAACUCAUAACAGAAUAUAAAUCGAAGAUGGAUGAAGUUUUCUUCAAAAAGUAGAUGAUGCUUAGAAGCGCUCAGGUACGCUAACUUUGUCCACAAAUAAGAGACAAAAAAUACCAGAGCAUCGAUAAGUAGAUUAAUUUACAUUUGAAAUUUGGUUGGAUUUCAAGUAACACAUAAUGGAGCACUUCAGAGUGCCUCAACGGGGAGACUUCGUUGGACGAUGAACGGGGCACUUAAAGUGACGCUGUAAGAAGCACUUUCUGAGGAAAAGGUGUACCAUGGUAGGGCACUUCAAAGUGUUCUGCGCGGGGCGCUUACAAGUGCCCCAUUCAUCGCCCAACAACAGUGUCCCUUUACGAGUCACUUAUUCUUUCACAAUAUACAUGAGAAAUAUAUGUUGUCCCACGUCGUACAAUCCCGCCCAAUGAUUGAGGAACGAGGAAUACUACCUUAAAAAUCUUCUAGUAUUAGUUGUCUUUUAGUCUUAAUGAGAAUCAGUUCAUGGAGCGGUUGGCACAGAUCUUUUAAAAUACAUUACAGAACACUAUAAGAAGAACGUUGACAUUUAUCGUGUUGCUAGAGAUAUCAAACAAAAUUCAAUUUAUUAUAAACUAAUUUUCGAGCUUUCGAUGUAAAUAAUGCUUUAUCAUCAGGAAAAUAACAUAAAAUAAAAAUUAAAAGAAUAUAUGCGUAGUGUGUAAAUGAUACAUAAUAGAAACAGAGAGAAAGAACAACGUUGUCACCAGAACAAGCAAAAAAAAGAAAGAAAGUCAUCGUCAGUUAAAUAUACAUAUGAUCGAUCAUAUAUAUGCUGUAUUUCAGGUAUAUUCCGAAAUAAACACCCAUUUACAUUGAUCACCCAAAAAUAUAAUUUGAUAAUUCAUUAAUAAAUCUGAGCUAUUCUCACUGCUGCUUACAACAACUGAAUAACUAUGAUUACUGAAUUUUAUUUUAUAUAUAUCUUGAUUAAAUAGUAUGAAAUAGUAAUAUUUCGUAGUAAAAAAUCAUUUCGUAAGAGAUCAUUUUCGAGAAAUGCUAUAUAAUAGGAUCAAUCGUAAAGAUAGUUAUCUAAAUAAAUAUUAUUAAGUUAAUUUAUGCACUAUUUGAGUUGGUUCAUCUAUGAUGCACUUAAACAUAUUUAAAAUAUAAUAGACAAUUGAUAAUCCAUAGGUCUAUAUAUCUAAUAUUGUAUGAAAGAAUAAAAGAAAAAAGAAAGUAAAAAUGUUAUGACAAGGAUUGUUUUUAAAAGAAAAACAACAUACUCAUAUUUCACCUGUGGUUAUAUGUCUGAUUACUUUUUUUCUUGUAUAAAAGAUGUAUAAUGAUCAAAUAUAAGUAAAGAACAUGUUGUAAAAAUACUACAAUGUAAUUUUUCAUAUUACUCAUUAUUUUUAACUGAAUUUAAAGUUCGUUAUCAACUGAAAUAAUAUAUAUAUAUAUAUAUACAUCAAUAAAAAUAAGUUUGUACCAAAAACAUUAUUGAUAACAAUUAAUUAGUGUACAAUAAAAAUAACUAUUGUUUUGUUUAUAGAUAAGUAAGGCAUUUAUCUCAUAUGAAACAGCAAGUCAUUCAAAUUAACACCGAAAUUUUACAGGUCUAUCAUUGUCUUUAGCAUCAAUCUAGUCAUUGUUAUCAAACAAAUCGAAUUCUCAUAUAAUUCUCUGAUAUAAUCAUAUAUAUAUUACUAUUUAUCUUAUCCAUUCUAGCUAUCAAAACCAGUUCAACAAAUGAAAAAUAAAUGGAAACUAUAUGCAUCAGACAUCAUUUUAUCCAUUAUUGGUGAUUAUACUCAACAAGUAUCAACAUUUACCCGAGAAACAUUUGAACGACAACUCAUUGAUGUUGUUGCGGAGAAAACAGGCAUAAUACUAAUUGAAAAACAGGGUCGAUACUAUCUGACAUUCAAUGAUCACAUUCAAAAUCGUUUAGAAAUCGAACAACAAGUUUGUCAAAUAUUUCAUUCGUUUGACAUCACAAAAUACUAUACAGAAAUUUUCGAGCAAGCAAUAAAUUUAACUGAAUUAAUUAGAAAUAGUACUAAUUGUCAACCAAAUGUUUUUACACAAGAAUUAAUACAUAUGUUAAGCAAUUUAUAUCAAACAAUUACCAAGAAACAUCAAUUUGAAUAUACAAAUAUUUCACAAUUACGACAUUUACAAUGGAAGAUAAACAUAUUGAAAAUACAAGUAGAAGAAAUAAUACACAACACGUCUUCGAAUUACAUCAAUGAACAAUUAGUAAAAGAAAUAUUCGAUAAUGUAACAAAACUUUCCACAAUUAAAUUUUUCACGUUCUCGAGGAUUAACCAAAAGCAAUUAAAUGAUAUAAUGCAUUCACAAAAUGCUUAUUUUGGACUCUCAAUACAUGAAUUAGGUGGCAAACAUCUUAAUGAAAUUAUCUUAGAAGCAGUGCUUAACGGUAUUGAAUGUGAUGAUAAACGUGUAACUGAAGUAAAGCUCGCCAUGAAAUGGAAACGAUUUGAUUUAGUUGAAAGAUAUAUGUUAACGAUGAAAACGAUUCAUAAAUGGAAAGAUGAAGAAUUAGAUGAAUGUUUAGAAGUUGCAUUAUUAUUAGGAUCAGUUGAAUUUGUUGAGUUAUUGCUGCAAUUUGGUGCGUCAUUCAAUCGAUUAGCACAAUUAGGUGAUAUCGAUUAUGUUAUGAAAAAGAUGACAACAAAAAACACGAAUCAUGUCAUAUGUAACUGUGGAUGCCUUGUCGGAAGUGAUUUUCGUCUUAUUGCUGCAGCUUUGUUAUGA